AUGGCGACCGAAAAACCUAAACCCGCAACAGAUGGAGCCAAGAUCGAUCUUUUCGAAGACGAUGACGAGUUCGAGGAGUUCGAAAUCGAUCAAGAGUGGGAUGACAAAGAAGGAAAAGAAAUAACUCAGCAAUGGGAAGAUGACUGGGAUGAUGAUGAUGUCAAUGAUGACUUCUCCCUUCAGCUCAGGAGGGAACUCGAAAGCAAUGCCGAGAAGAAAUGA